AUGGAUAGAUGUAGUCAGAGACGGGAGCGCGUGUGUCGCACGUGUGGCGUCGAGAGCGCGGUCCGCGGGCUACUGGCGGCAGCCUCCGAGAGGCGGGGGCGCGGGGCUGCGCGGGCCGCGCUUUUCAUUAAGGAACCGAGCUACGCCGCCGUAGCAACGGUCGCCGCCCCGGCCGCGGACGGGAAAGCUCCUAGCUCUUUGAUUUAUCUUCAAACAUACCGAGAAAAAUUGCAUGCUACUACCCACCUCCAGGAUUAUUUUUUAUUAUUACUCAAAUAA